UGUUUUACAGCGAAUUGUUACAACAACGUUGUAUUCGUCUGGUACAUUUUAGUACGAGGCACAGUUAUUUAUAUAAUUCUUUCUUUAUAUAUUGGUAUUUUUUGCUGUCAUUUUAAUGAGGACACUCGACAACGACCCUUUUUAAAAGGCAACUCUGAAGUGACCCUUAAUUUUUUUUCAACAUGUCAGACAUCAUGCUGAAUGUGGAUUAUACAGAUAGUAGUUCAUGCAGGAAUCAAGAAAAGGACAAAGGGUCAAAUAAGAAGCAUUUGGCCUUUCUGAAAAGGAGAAAAUAUUUAGAGAAAAUGGGUUUCCUCAGACAGAAGAGAUUGCAAGAUCCCAGUUACCCUCCAAAGAUGCUGCCAGGAAGCAGCAAGUCAUGGCCAAAUGGACUUGUGCAGAAGUGCCAUCAACAAGAGUCUAGACCUGCAUCAAAAUCUUGUAGCAGUAUUAUUGAAAACCACGUCACUUCCACCAUUCAGUCAAAACCUGCUUUUUUGCUCCCAACACCUGUUGCUUUUUCCAGCACUCCGGUUCAUCAGAGCCUGAGUACUGCCUCGUUUCAUCUACCAUUUUGUUCACCUUCUGGUCUUCCGCUUCCAAAUACUGAAUUGCUGAAACAAUUUCAGAGUGGGCUAACCUCAGCAGGGAAACCUUUGAAGUAUUUAGCUAUGGACUGUGAGAUGGUGGGUACAGGUCCCAAAGGACGACAUAGUGAGCUGGCUCGAUGUAGCAUUGUGGGCUACCAUGGUGAUAUAAUGUAUGAUAAGUACAUUAUGCCUGUGAAUCCUGUGACUGAUUACCGCACACGAUGGAGUGGUAUCAGAAAGCACCACCUACGUAAUGCUAUUCCCUUUAAAGAGGCCCAGAAGGAGAUUUUAAAGAUCUUGUCUGGGAAGGUGGUGAUUGGACAUGCUGUUCACAAUGACUUCAAAGCUUUAAACUACUUCCAUCCUCCAGCACUGACUCGUGACACUUCACGCAUCCCACUGCUCAAUGUGAGAGCUGGUAUCUCUGUGGUAGAAACAGCCUCUCUUAAGAGACUCACCAAACUGCUUUUAAAUAAAGACAUUCAGGUUGGAGAAAGUGGACACAGUUCUGUGGAAGAUGCUAAGGCUACUAUGGAUCUGUAUAAAAUUGUUGAGCUGGAAUGGGAGCGAAUUCUGGCUUCAAGCCCAGCUGUUCAAUGUACAGUAUCAGUUUAGAAUUUAGCAUCAUUUGCCAAGAAGGAUUUGUACAACUCUCAGAAAGGAUUAUCUGCUGGUGUUCAUCUCAAAAGUUUAAUUUUUAAAAUACAGUUUAACUCUACAAUUCAUCUGAAAAACUUUUAUACAUGUUCAGAACCAUAUUUAUCAAGAAGAGUGCAUUUAAUGUUCUAGUGAUUUUUCCCUUUAAAGUUCAUGUUAUUAUUUGUUCAAGGUUUUGUUCUUGUGUUGCUUUCUUGAUUUCUAUUUUUUUCAGAUAUAUCAAUGAAAAUAUGUUGGUGAUCUUGGAAAGUAUUCAGCAAAAAUUGAAACCUGUUCUUUCUUUUUUUCUUGGUUUUGUAAAUUGCAUUACAUGUUUUUAAAGGAUGUGUGUGUUGAGAAGCAUUUUAAUUGUGGUUAAACAAAAAUUUGUUUCCAAGGUGAAAAUAGGCAACGUUAAAAUACUGCAACAGUUUAACAGUAUUGCACAUUCUGAUUAACAAGUACUGUUUCUAUAGUAAUUGUAUUUACUAAGCAAAAAUUGUGAACCCUAUAUCUAUUACAGUAUCAAAUUUUGCAUAUUAAGUAAAUUAUUCCUUUCACAUGAUUUUUAAAACGUUCUUAUUCUGUAAUGUUCAAAAUAAGUCAAGAUGAAUAACUGACUUUUCUUUGAACAUUACUUUCAUAGAGUUGUUGUAUUUGCUCUGGCAAAUAGAUUAUUCAAAACCUCAAGCUAUUUCGUUGAAUCUUACUGUUACAUUCAAGGAAGGGUUAAGAGUAAUAGAUUGUUAUUUUACACGCUUUGAAACAUUAGAAUAUCUUCAAUCAUGUUUUUCAUCUGUUUAUGCCAUUUACUGAGUUUUUAUUUAGAAUUAUGUUGUCUACAGUAGCUUUAAAUAAUUCAAAUUACAUUUGAAAAUAGUAAAAUAUCUUAUAGAAAAUGCCAUAUAACAGCAACACUUUUGAAGCAAAGUGUGCAAUGGACAUAUAGAUGCAUGUAAAUUACAGAUAAUAUGAGAUCUUUAGAUUAGAACAUUAGAAAAUUUUUGACAAGAACAGGUCAUUCAACAAAGCUCUCCAGUCCUGUCAACCUAAUUCCUCCAAUGGAACAUAAUAACAAUUUUGACGAGAACAGUUUUUAAAGUGUUUUUAACUACAGGUUAACUCAUGCUCACGAAGCACCACAAAUAGCAUUAGUUUUUGUUCUAAGAAAUAAAGGCAAAUCCUGUUUGUAAGCUGUUUUUCAGAUUAAUCUCUAGCUUAGUAUAAAAAAUAUGCCCAAGCAUGUCAACAAAGAGAAGUAUUAUCCGUAAUUUGUGUUAAAUCUGUAAAAGUCUACAGAAAUGCUUUAAAUUAUGUAGCCUUAAUUCAUUGUUUUCAUUUACCUCAGAAAUAUUUUGUCCAUAAUUGCAGUUAAAAUUCUUAUUUAUAAUGAAUAAUUGUUCUUUUUUUAUUUUGCAGUUUUUGUCUAAUACCUUAUUUUAGAUAAAUGUUUUGAAUGUAGGCUGCUAACAAGCAGUUAUUAGAAUAUGUCAUCUUCUAACAAUUCUGAUUAACAGACAUUUACGUGUAAAUGAAAUGUUUUUAGUUUUUGUUUUAGUAUCAGAUUGAUUGCCGAGUUAAAACAGAUUGGUAAAGAGUACAUUUUUUUUCUAAUAUGGUUGACACCACUAUCUGGUAACUUUUUAAAGUAAUAUUAUAUUUUGUUUGUAAUUGAAGUCAUGUUUGCAGCUGCACCUUUCAACCAAAAAAAAA